UAUGACGUCACGACCCAAAACAUUGCAAUCUCUGGAGCCGCUCGCCGGUGUCGUGUUCGCCUAACUAGCCCCAUAAAACACCCAAGAAGAAGGUGUUCGGGUGCCUGUGCCGCGCUGCCAGGUGAGGGAAAUUGCUUGACGGUACUGAGUACUGUUAAAAAUUCCGUACUGUACUGUACUGCCAGCCUUCGUGAGGAACCAUAACUCCUCAUCUGCUAGAAAAAGACAUUAAGGACACCUAACUGUAGCAUAAAAACUUGCAAGAGGAAACUGGACCUGUUUCUGCACAGGAUACCUGAUGAACUCUCUACCCUACAUAUGUGCAUUCCAAGGAGAGCAGAGAGUAACUCCCUGACCAACUGAGAUAAGUGAGAAUGGGGGGCAAGGUAGUUUAUGUCCAAAAGCUGGGACGCAUGGCAUUCCAGCCAGCAUGGGAGCUCCAGAAGAGGGUGGCAGCACAGGUGAUGGAUAAUGUUCGGAGCAACAGGGAACCCGGACACAGCCUGUUGCUGUUGGAACAUGACCCAGUGUACACAACAGGUCUUCGUGAAGGUGGUUACACGCCAGAAGUAGAGGCAAAACUGCGACAGGCUGGGGCGGACUUUUACCGUACUAAUCGUGGUGGGCUCAUUACCUUCCAUGGGCCGGGCCAGCUGACGGCAUACCCAAUACUCCACCUCAGGUCCUUCAGUCCUGGCAUCAAAUGGUAUGUGUGUGCUUUGGAGCGCACAGUGAUACGCACACUGAGGAUGGUGGGGAUCAGCGCACACACCUCUCCUCAUACUGGUGUAUGGGUGGGAGACAACAAAAUAUGUGCAUUAGGUCUGCAAGGUCGCCAUGUCACCACCCAUGGGCUCAGCCUCAACUGCAACACAGACCUCCGGUGGUUUGAUAACAUUGUCCCGUGUGGCAUCCCCGACAAAGGAGUAACAAGUGUCACUCAAGAACUUGGGAGGGAGGUGACUGUACAAGAAAUGGAGCCAAUCUUCCUUAAAGCAUUUUCAGAAAUUUUUGAAUGCAUUUACAAAAGCUCAGCUAGAUGAUCACAGGGAAGUUCAAGAUGUGUCAUCCCUUGAUGCAAAACAGCUACAUCAAUUAGCAGAGGUUAGGUAUACAGUUUCCUAUCUUGCUCUAUAAUGGAUUGUGUGCAAGUACAAGUCAAUUUUCAGGUAAUACAAAUAUUAAGAAAAUUAUGACAGCUAAUCAAAGGCUUCAUUGCAGUCAUGUAAAUAAAUUAUGUUUGUGUU